GAUAGAUGUGUAGACCUCCCCCCAGACUGUGAGUCCCUCAAAGGCAGGAACCCCGUUUUAUGUUGGUCUUCUCAGCACUGUGCAGUUCCAGGAGCCCAGCGAGGGACCCACGAACGUUUGUGACAGGAUUCUGUCUGGGUGCUGUCACCCAGCCAUUCCUCUGCCAAUGAAGUACAUCCUGGUCACAGGUGGGGUCAUCUCCAGCAUUGGGAAAGGGAUCAUCGCCAGCAGCAUUGGGACGAUUCUAAAGUCAUGUGGGCUCCGAGUUACCGCCAUCAAAAUCGACCCCUAUAUCAACAUCGAUGCGGGCACGUUUUCACCUUAUGAGCACGGAGAAGUGUUUGUCUUAAACGAUGGUGGAGAAGUUGAUUUAGAUCUUGGAAAUUAUGAAAGGUUCUUGGAUAUUAAUCUUUAUAAAGACAACAACAUCACCACUGGGAAGAUAUAUCAGCAUGUGAUUAAUAAAGAGAGGCGUGGUGACUACCUGGGAAAAACAGUACAAGUUGUCCCUCACAUUACUGAUGCUGUCCAGGAGUGGGUUAUGAAUCAAGCCAUGGUAUCUGUGGACGGUCAUAAGGAGGAGCCCCAAAUAUGCGUUAUUGAGUUGGGUGGCACCAUCGGAGACAUUGAAGGAAUGCCAUUCGUGGAAGCAUUCAGACAAUUUCAGUUUAAAGCAAAAAGAGAGAAUUUCUGUAACAUCCAUGUUAGCCUUGUCCCACAGCCCAGUGCUACCGGAGAACAAAAAACCAAACCCACACAAAACAGUGUUCGUGCGCUGAGGGGGUUGGGCCUGUCUCCCGAUCUGAUCGUCUGCCGGAGUUCAAAGCCCAUCGAAAUGGCUGUGAAGGAAAAGAUUUCCAUGUUUUGUCACGUGAACCCUGAACAGGUCAUAUGUAUCCAUGAUGUUUCUUCUACAUACCGAGUGCCUGUGCUUUUGGAGGAGCAAGGCAUUGUUAAAUAUUUUAAAGAGAGGUUGGAUUUGCCCAUUGGUGAUUCUGCAAGUAAUUUGCUUUUCAAGUGGAGAAAUAUGGCUGACAGGUAUGAAAGGUUGCAGAAAACGUGCUCCAUAGCCCUGGUUGGCAAAUACACCAAGCUGAGGGACUGCUAUGCUUCUGUGUUCAAAGCCCUGGAACAUUCAGCCUUGGCCAUCAACCACAAGUUGAAUCUGAUGUACAUAGACUCCAUUGAUCUGGAGCAUACCACCGAAACUGAGGACCCUGUGAAAUUCCAUGAAGCGUGGCAGAAGCUUUGCAAAGCUGAUGGUGUUCUGGUGCCAGGAGGCUUUGGAAUCAGAGGAACAUUGGGAAAACUCCAGGCGAUUUCUUGGGCAAGGGCAAAGAAGAUUCCUUUUCUGGGAGUUUGCCUUGGGAUGCAGCUAGCAGUGAUAGAGUUUGCAAGGAAUUGCCUUAACUUGAAAGAUGCCGAUUCUACAGAAUUUGAGCCAACUGCCCGUGUUCCUGUGGUGAUUGAUAUGCCGGAACACAACCCUGGCAAUUUGGGAGGAACAAUGAGGCUGGGAAUAAGAAGAACUGUUUUCAAAACGGAAAACUCGAUAUUAAGGAAGCUUUAUGGAGAUGUUCCUUUCAUAGAAGAAAGACACAGACAUCGGUAUGAGGUGAACCCUACCUUGAUCAACCAAUUCGAGCAGAGCGACUUGAGUUUCGUAGGUCAGGAUGUUGAUGGGGAGAGGAUGGAAAUCAUCGAACUGGCAAAUCACCCCUAUUUUGUUGGUGUCCAGUUCCAUCCAGAGUUUUCUUCUAGGCCAAUGAAGCCUUCCCCUCCAUACCUGGGACUAUUACUUGCAGCAACUGGGAACCUGAAUGCUUACCUGCAACAGGGAUGCAAACUGUCCUCCAGGUUCUGAAGUAAUUGAAGCCAAGAUAAAGCAACUAUCGGAAGAAACUGCCACACUUUUAAAGAAUCACUCUGUUCUCCACGAAACCUGGGAUGAAAGCCUCUAAGGGAACCUAAUAAUAUGUACUUUCAUGAACCAAAACCAAAGGGGCACUUUCCUUUUUUCCUCCAGAGGUGGCCUUUGGGUCUCGCAGAUUUCUGUAGCCGAUUAAACGUUUCCCCGACAACCUCAUGGGGAGAAAGUGUGUUCUCGUUUUGUCUAGUGAAUCAUGACGUCAGGUGCUGAGCAAAGAUCCAGGAACUGAGCCUUCACUGUGCUAUAUGGGAAGGGUGGCAGGGCACAUGCAAUAACUAAUUUUGAGUAAAAAAUGAGUCAUUCUGUACCUGGAACUCAACCACAGAUUUGGGUGUGGCCCAAGUUUAUUUUAAUUUCUCACCCUGUUUAUUUCUAGUUAAAAAGAAAUUUAAACAGGUCCAAGAGUGGGGGUGGCAAAUAAGACCCAUGCUCAGGCACAGAAUUUAAGGGGGUGUAAAAAAAAGUCAGGAAUCAUACAUAUAUGUAUGUUUUUUAAUUGAGAUGAAAUUCACAUAACAUAGAAUUAACCAUUUUAAAGCAAACAAUUUAGUGGCAUUAGGUACAUUCACAACGUUAUGCAGCCACCACCUUUAUCUACUUCUGAAACAUUUCCAACACCAAAAUAAAUUCCCAUACCCAUUAGCAGUCACUCCCCAUUCCUACCUCCUCCUAGCCCCUAGCAACUGCUAAUCUCCUUUCUAUUUCUAUAAUUUGCUAAUUCUGGAUAUUCCAUAUAAGUGGAAUAAUACAAUAUGUGGCUUUUUGUAUCUCGCUGCUUUUAUUUAGCAUCAUGUUUUCAAAGCUCA